UUCAACUUAAAGAAAAAUAUAUAAAGAACACAACAUCGUCAACGAGCUAGCAAGAAGCAAGGUAUUAGUAUCAGAUCAUCAAAAGAAUGAACACAACAUCGUCAAAGAGCAAGAAGAAGCAAGAAGAGGCAGGUACAAGGUUUCUUGGGGUGAGAAGAAGGCCAUGGGGAAGAUACGCGGCUGAGAUUAGAGACCCAACUACCAAGGAGCGUCACUGGCUUGGUACUUUCGAUACGGCCGAAGAAGCUGCCUUGGCUUACGAUAGAGCCGCUCGGUCCAUGCGUGGUACUCGUGCAAGAACCAACUUUGUCUACUCAGACAUGCCUCCUUCCUCCUCCGUCACCUCCAUUGUUUCUCCCGACGAUCCUCCUCCUCCUCCUCCGGCUCCUGCUCCUCCUAGUGAUGAUCCUGUCGAUUACAUGAUGAUGUUUAACCAAUAUUCAUCCACGGACUCGCCAAUGCUUCAGCCUCAUUGUGAUCAAGUUGACAGUUACAUGUUUGGCGGUUCACAAGCAUCUUCUACUUCCUAUUGUUAUUCUAACAACAGUAGUAACGAGCUGCCUCCUCUGCCGAGCGACUUGUCGAAUUCGUGUUACAACCAACCACAGUGGACCUGGAGCGGAGAUGACUACUCGGCUGAGUACGUUCACAGUCCAAUGUUCAGCAGAAUGCCUCCAGUUUCUGACUCUUUGCCACAAGGUUUCAACCACUUCGGCUCCUAAUUCUUUCUCAUCCAUAUUAUAAUACCUUCCUCAUUUGUACCUUUCUUCUUUCUUUCGAAUUUAUAUCUAUAUUUCGUCGUCCUUGAUCUCUGUCUAUGAUCAAAGUGACUGUUUCUCAUUAGUUUUUUUUUCAAUAACAAGUUACCCCUUUGUAUCUUGAA